UGAUCACAGGCCGUGUUUGAUAACAUUGAGAAUCCAAAACACUGAGACGGGUUGAGGACGUCGGUUUUUAAUUCAGUUUAUUAGUGAGUUAUUCUCAAGAAAUCAGCGGACUGAAGCGGUUUAACUAAUCUUAAACAUCUAAGAAGAUACAUCUACCUCUGCAUCCAGUGCUUCUCCGGUGUUUGUGCUGUCAGGGUGAUGUCAGCAACCUGUCUCGCGCGCCUAGCAAGGUGCAGUGGUCCUCAAGUGGGACGUAAUAGUCUUUUACAGAUGGUCCCACUCCCGUUCCUGCAGUACAGCCACCUCCAGUUAACACUCUUCAAGAGACAAAUUUACAGCCCUUCAGGAAGUCGGCCCAGCAACACGCGCUUUGAUCCGGACAGCAGUGGCCGCCCCACUACCUGGGAUUCAUUUGGCAUCUGGGACAAUCGUAUAGAUGAGCCUAUCCUGCUGCCUCCCAGCAUUCGCUACGGCAAGCCCAUUCCCAAAGUCAGCUUAUCAAAGGUAGGCUGUGCCUCGCUCAUCGGCCAGCGCAAGGAGAAUGAAGACCGUUACAAGGUUUCCCAGUUGACUGACAACAUCCUUUACUUUGCUGUGUUUGAUGGGCAUGGCGGACCAGAGGCAGCUGACUUUUGUGAAAAAUACAUGGAAAAAUUCAUCAAGGACCUUGUGGCAGACGUGCCUGAUCUGGAAGUAGUUUUAACGAAGGCCUUCCUUGAAAUAGACAAAGCUCUUGCAAGGCACUUACACUUCUCUCCAAGUGUACCCGGGGUGAACGCAGGAACCACCUCCACCGUGGCCCUGCUGAGGGACGGCAUUGAGCUGGUGGUGGGCAGUGUGGGUGACAGCCGGGCCAUGCUUUGCCGCAAGGGCAAGGCGCUUAAACUGACUGACGACCACACUCCUGAGAGGAAGGACGAGAAAGAGAGGAUAAAGAGAAGUGGGGGCUUCAUCACGUGGAAUAGUUUGGGACAGUCGAACGUCAACGGCAGAUUGGCUAUGACACGCAGUAUCGGAGACUUUGACCUGAAGAAAACUGGGGUCAUUGCUGAGCCUGAAACCAGGAGAGUAACGUUACACCAUGUCCACGACGCUUUCCUGGCACUAACCACAGACGGCGUUAACUUCAUUAUGAACAGCCAGGAGAUCUGCAAUGUCAUCAACCAGUGCCACGACCCCAAGGAGGCAGCUCAGAGAAUAUCUGACCAGGCUCUUCAAUACGGCUCGGAGGACAACAGCACAAUUAUCGUGGUGCCCUUUGGUGCUUGGGGAAAGCACAAGAGUUCGGACACAAGUUUCUCCUUCAGCAGAAGUGUUGUGUCCAGCGGCCGCUGGGCGUAGUCAGCAGGAUGUUGGGUGAAAAGAUUGCGGUCUGUGGACCUAAUUAAUGUGUGCAAUACAAUCAAACAGUGCCCUUGUGAAAACAUUAUAAAGAGUACGUUUUACCCAAAUAAUAAUGAUUAUACUAAUACCUAAGGGUUACAACGUGUUAAUUAGAGUAGCAUGAUAUUUAUCAGCCUCUGUGACAUAAGAGGCAGUGAAUUCAUGAUGUGCACUAAAUGAAAAACAUCCUCUUUAUAACACGUUUUACUCUACUGGCGAGCCAAUGAACAUAAAGGUGCUUAAAGCGGAGAAGUGUUUGAGUGGUAGACAGGAAUUCAUGAUUAUAUGAAAGCAGUCACUUGUUCAAAUGUAGCCUGUUCUACAUUAGAGAAGAUUUUAAGACCAUCUGCCAUUCAGAUAAUUUUUUAUGUGUUUAUCCCAAAUUUGUAUUUUUUUAUUUUCAUGGCAACUCGGAAAGUUGCCAUUUUAAAGAAAUUAUACAUCUGGAUUUUACCAGUUGUUUGAAGCCUGCAGUCUUACCAUUUCUCAGUGUUAAGGUUAUGACCACAUUGAUGGAUGAGAAUGGGAAAACACAAUAAUUAAACUGCACUCAUUUGUCAGAUGAUUGAAGUUAAUUGAACCCUUGUAUAAGAAUGUCCCGACUUCUGAAGCACCGUGACCUGCGUGAGGAGGUCUUGAUGACUGAAUGUCACUUCUGGAGUCUCCUCUUUGUCGUUUGGGUCAAGAGCCAAGUAUUGCUCUUCUAAACUCGUCCCAAUUUUGAGCCCAAUUGUGGCGGUUUGCGAGAAAUGAACCCUGAAUAUCCUGUGAUCUAGUGAACGUGUGUGAAUGGACUUGCUUGAUGCUAUUUAUAUAAAGAGCAUUUCACUGGCUGAAUUAAAAUAUUCACGUUUCAUGCAAUUUAAACUUUGCUCAAGCUUGUGUAUGUGUUCAUAUCUGUACUGAUUUGAAACAGGUUGUGUAAGGGCACUAAAUAGGUGUUCAGGGUACAGAAGUGUACAGUGUAUGUUUUGUAAAUAAUUAUAUUUAUGUACAUCUGGAACACUGAUAGUUCUCAUUUAUUUAAUAACACGUCUAAAGACAGUCUCAUAUCAGAAUAUGUCACACGUGCAGGACCUUUGCUUGGGUGCUUGUAUCGUGUAAAGCUACAUCAUUUUGAUUGUAAUUCCUCAUUUACAGCAUUUACGUGUCACUCUGAGAGAUGGAAGCACAUUUAAUGCAACACUAAAGAAAUGUUCAGCUAAGAGCCAUGUUUGACAAUGUGAAUGUUUGCUUAAAUGCCCUCCAUGACUAAAAGAUACAAUCAAACCCUGCAGGGUAUCGGAGUAAUCAAGCUGUGUGAGUUGUCUUGGCUGACCUCAUGUGAGUGGACACAUUACCAGUGUAAGGCAGACCAUUAGAUUGACCGUACUGUUUUUGUUCACCGUUGAUCUUUUGUUUUGUGGUUGUUAAAGCUAGACAAAUGCACCACUUCAUAUUUAUCAUUGUUCUAUCUGUGAGAUUUGCAAAUGUCAUGUAGCCAUGAUUGUUUUCCUCAAACACCACGUGUAGAUUUUGUUGUACAUAGUUUUCCCUGCUCAUUCACAUACUGAAUGAAACCAUAACUUAUUAUAAGGACUUUGUCUUUAUAAUUAUAACGUCCUCUUUACAAACUUCCUCAUCUGUUAAAGUUAUCUAUCAGUGUGUUGAGUGUUUAUUUACUGUAUAUUUGUUUCACUGCCUUUGAAAUACAGUCAUUGUAGCUGUGGACCUGUACCUGACUGGGACCUUAAUGUGACUGUUUCCACAACACUCUGUUAGUACUGUAUUUCUGGUCUUAAUGGCUUGUGACACUUCAAUUAAAAACUGUACAUCCAAAA